GAUUAGCGUUAGCAGCACAUCGCUAGGCGGAGGCACAACAAGCUCCUUGAAUGCCGAAAUAAGUACUCCGUCGUGAUUCCCUCCCUUACGUAGUCGGGCUUCUCCAAAGGUUUGUUUCCGUGGACUAACAGCAAAACUGGACGUGUUCCUAAAAACUGCGCCACGUCCCCUAAUGCGGGUUCAGAACUGGAGCAGGCCAGACCUCAGACCAGUGGAGAGGAGGAACUCCAGCUACAACUUGCCUUGGCUAUGAGCAGAGAAGCUGCAGAACAGGAGGAACGCCUACGUAGAGGGGACGACCUGAGACUACAGAUGGCCUUGGAAGAAAGUAAGAAGGAAGGUCCAGGCUCAGCGAAACUCCCCAAGAAGAAGAAAGAGCCACAAUCAUCUUUGAUGGAUCUGAUGGAUGUCCCUGAGCCAAGUGCCAGGGCUGACCCGUGGGGCGGAGGCGGGGCCGGUGCUGGGGCCGCAGCUGCAGCAGCAGACCCAUGGCAUCCUUAUGGGUCUGCACCCAAACCAGCUGUACCCUCUGACCCGUGGGGCGUUCCAUCUUCUGUCCCAUCCAUGAAAAGCAGUGAUCCAUGGGCGUCAAACUCCACUCCUGCCUCUGAUCCCUGGGGUUCUGCAGCUGCCCGCCCCAAGACCUCCAACACAGGUGGUUCUGCUCCAGCUUCCCACGUCAACCCGUUCCAAGUGGGCCAGCCGGUUCCCCCCACACUCAACCAGAUGCACGUCAGCCCGAUGCCCUCUGGCUUCGGUGGCGUGGCGGAGCCCCUGCCCCUCUCCUCCACUCUGCCUGCCUCCAUGGUCCGCCUGGCAGGGAUGGCCCCCAUGGGUCGCGGGGUGCCAGGAAUGGGCGCCGCGGGAGCAACGGGGAUGAGCACAGGGAUGAGCGCCGGGAUCCCCGCCUCCAUGUCCAUGCCCCAGCCGCUGAUGAGCAUGCCCCCCCAGGCGGGGACGCAACCUGCCGGAACCACUAACCCCUUUCUUUUGUGA